CAACAGCUAUAACUAGUUACUACUAUACGGGUAAAAUUAUUGUAUAUAUAUGUACAUAUAUAUCUGUUCCCAUUUCGAGAUGGUAAACGAUUUGAAACGUUUCCUGCACUGGGGUCCAAUCACAUUUUUCAGUCUUUUAAUAUGCGUUAGCUGGACUACAUUGCAUAUGAAUAGCAUGCUAUGGCCACCAAAUGAAUCUUUUGCUUCCAUGGCUAAUCUGGGUAUAUAUUUGGCCUCUAAUAUGAUGACAUUGCUAAAUUUUAUACGAGCUGUGACCGCCGGACCGGGUUACUUGCCAAAGAAAUGGCAACCGAAGCAUAUAAAUGAAAUGAAAUUUUUGCAAAUAUGCAAGGCAUGCGAUGGUUAUAAAGCACCACGUUCCCAUCAUUGCCGACGCUGUGAUCGUUGUGUAAAGAAGAUGGAUCAUCAUUGCCCCUGGAUAAACAAUUGUGUGGGCUGGGGCAAUCAAUUGUAUUUCAUUUAUUUUUUACUUUACUUUGCUUUAACCAUGCUCCAAGCAUCCGUCAUUCUCUCUUUAGCCUUCUAUCGUGGACUAUUUCGACGGCAUUUCAUCUAUCAUGGCAUGCGGCAUUUGGCCACAAUCCGUUUAAAUAUGCUCAAUGCGAUGCUAACCAUGUUUAGUUUCGGUGUGGCCGUUGGCUCAAUUAUGGCCACCGGCAAAUUGGUCUACAAUCAAAUGAAAUCGGUAUUUACGAAUCAAACUGAAAUCGAACAGUGGAUAGUGAAGAAGGCACGUUUUCGUCGAGUCCUCAAUGCGAAGCACUCACAAAUGUUUCUCUACCCCUAUGAUCUGGGCUGGUUAACGAAUUUCAAUCAGGUCUUCGAUUGGGAUUUUCAACAACAUGGCGAUGGCAUUGUGUGGCCAGUGCGUAAGGGAUGCGAUCAGUAUACCCUAACGCGUGAACAAUUAUCACAGAAGCUGGAUAAAUUGGCACGAACACGUAGAUAUCGUUGCAUUUACCCGGCGACUGGUCAUUGGAUGCCCAUUUGGUCACAGGGCCUAAUGACUGGCAUAUGCAUACCCUAUACUGAUGAUCCACGCAUAUGUCUAGAACCCAACGAUCUGGUGCAUGUGACUCGCAUUCAGGACUAUUGGCUUUACGGCGAACGUGUUCAACAGCCUAAUGAAAAGGAGCGUCGCAAAGGACCCAAACGAGGAUGGUUACCAAGUCGUUGUGUCAUCGAGGUGACUGACAAUGAUGAAUCAGCCGGCGGUGACGGUGAUGGGGAUUAACAUGAAUACGCUAGUAUCUGAGCCACAAUGAAAUUGUUUUGGGUCAGCCAACAUAAUAUUAAUCUCAUUGACUGCAUUUCAAUAUAUAUACAAUGUAUAUGUAUACAAAUAAAUAUAGU